UUUCUCCAAGUGUUCGAUCCAUUUAGUUUUAAUUAUUUAUUCCAAUAUUUUGACUACUGUACAACACAUGUCAAUGAUACAGGUCUAUAAUUAAGGUCUGCCCUGCUACCAUUUUUUGUAAAUUCAAACUAUGUUAGCCUUUUUCCAUAUUGUAUAUCUGCUAGGACUUCUGUAUAUAGAGAUUGAAAAAUUAAUUAAAGUGGAAUCUUGAGCUCUGGUGUGCAUUCUCUUAGAACUCAAGGUUAAACAUCAUUUGAACCAACUGCUUUAUUCCUACAGUACUUAGCUAUUUGACCAGCUUUUCACUCUGUUUCUAGGCACCUUUAUGUUCUCUGUUAUUCUCCAGAAGUACUGUAUUAUUGUCUGGUUCUCUGAAAACCAGUGUGCACAAACACACUGGAUCUGUUUGUUUAAUGUUUCACUCAUUUCCUUUCAUUCAACAUUACAUUAGAGAUGGAAGAGCUACUGUAAAUCUGGAAGAAGGCAAAUGUAGUUCCAAUAUUCAAGAAAGGAGACAUAUGAAGCAUUAAACAGUAGAACACCAUUCAGUAUGAUAGCAGUAGUUGGAGGUGGCAUAAGUGGCCUUGCUGCUGCUCACUACUUGAAGACUCUUGCCUCCUCAUCCAAGAUACUUGUGUUUGAGGCCUCAAGUAGAUUAGGCGGAUGGAUCAACUCGGUGGAGCAAGACGGUGCAGUGUAUGAGCUUGGGCCUCGCACAAUAAGAGUUGCAGGAAAUCCUGGAGCAAACACACUUGCCUUGGCAGAAAGUUUGGGGCUAACAGAUAAAAUCAUCAGCAUCAACUAUAGCCAUGCAUCAACUAAGAACAGGAUGAUUCUGGUUGAUGGCAAACUGCAUACUCUCCCAAGUAACCUGAAAACACUGUUUGCAAAAAGUUCACCGUUCUCAAGACCUCUGGCUUUGAGUGCUCUCAAAGAUCUAUUUGCUAAGAAAGUAAUCAACAAUGACGAAUCUCUCUUCAGCUUUGUGAAUCGUAGAUUUGAUUUAGAAGUUGCCAAUUAUGCCAUCGAUCCAUUGACAAGGGGAGUUUUUGCUGGUAGUGCUCGUGAUCUGAGUGUCACCUCACUAGCCAAACGAAUGCAUGACGUUGAGCAACGGCAUGGCUCUGUGUUAAUGGGUUUGCUAAAAGAUAGGAAAAAUGCUGAAAAGCCUGACCCACUUCUAGCCAAGUGUGAACUAGUUAAACAAGCUAGGAAAGAAAAGUGGGCUGUCUGGACUUUAUCAGGAGGGCUUGAAACCUUUGUUAAGGUUUUACAAGAGAAACUCACCCAGGAUGGUGUUGAAUUAAAGAACAAUACACCAGUGAAUGGAAUACAAAAAUCUGGCAAUAAACUUGUUAUCCAGACAGAUAAAGAAGAAAUAGAAGUUAAUAAAGUUGUGUCUUGUCUUCCAUCUAGAAACUUAAGUUCUGUAGUGAAGUCUAUGAGUCCAGAACUAAGCUCUCUGUUAGGAUUCAUUCCGUAUGCAACAGUAGGUGUUGUGAACCUGGAAUAUCAGGGUCAGGUGCUUCAUGAACCUGCGUUUGGUUAUCUUGUGCCCUCAUCACAAGCUAACAAAGUUCUUGGCGUCAUUUUUGAUACAUGCACCUUCCCUCAAGGUGACCGAACUAUAUUAACAGUAAUGAUGGGAGGAUACUGGUUCGAGUCUCUCUUUGGUGAUAGCCCUUCUUAUGAUGAGUUGCUUGAUGUUGCAAUCAGUGAAGUUAAAGCAACACUAAAUAUUAAAAUGGAACCAGUGCAUUAUAAGGUCAGCAUCUUAAGGGACUGCAUACCACAAUACAUUGUUGGUCAUUCUGAAACAGUGCACAACAUCCGAAAGCUCAUUCAUGACCUGAAGAUUCCUUUAAAUCUUGCUGGAAACUCUUAUGAUGGUAUUGGUGUAAAUGAUGCAAUUAUGAGUGCUAAAAAGGCUGCUUUAUGAAGGUGUUUGCUAAUUUCAGAAUUUAAUGAUGAUACUGGAAAUGUAAUACAUACCGUUAAACACUUACAAAAUAUUAGUCCUCAAGUGUUGCAUGCUAGCAAUACCUGGUACUGCUUGCUUCUCUCAAAUCCAGUCAACUGCCACACUGAAGAUAGAUUUUAAAAUCUUUUCUAAUAAUUAGGUACUGUAUUCCUGGUAUGGAUUCUUAUCUUUUCUGCAUGGUUUCCAUAUCAUAUCUUGAGGUUAAUUAUCUUCAAUUAUGUGUGAUCGAAAGUAUGCAUAAAUGUAAGAAAAGGAAGUAGUACAGUACUCACCUGGUUGUGCUUGUGAGGGUUGAGCUUCAGUUUUUUGGUCCUGCCUCUCAACCAUCAAUCAACGGGUGUACAGGUUCAUCAGCCUAAUGGGCUUUAUCAUAUCAACAUUUAAUUAAAGCUACAAUUACCUAAGUGUAGUUACAGGAUGAGAGCUACGCUCGUGAUGUCCUGUCUUCCCAGUACUCUUUAUCAUAUUACGUUUUGAAACUACUGA